AUGGAGAGCACCCCAUCAAGGGGUGGACUGAAUCGAGUGCACCUACAAUGCCGAAAUCUUCAAGAAUUCUUAGGAGGCUUGAGCCCUGGGGUAUUGGACCGAUUGUAUGGGCACCCUGCCACCUGCCUAGCUGUCUUCAGGGAGCUCCCACCAUUGGCUAAGAACUGGGUGAUGCGGAUGCUUUUUCUGGAACAGCCUUUGCCACAAGCUGCUGUAGCCCUGUGGGUGAAAAAGGAAUUCAGCAAGGCUCAGGAGGAAAGUACAGGGCUGCUGAGUGGCCUCCGUAUCUGGCACACCCAGCUGCUCCCUGGUGGUCUCCAGGGCCUUAUCCUCAACCCCAUCUUCCGCCAGAACCUCCGCAUUGCCCUCCUGGGUGGGGGAAAGGCCUGGUCUGAUGACACAAGUCAGCUAGGACCAGACAAGCAUGCAAGAGAUGUUCCCUCUCUGGACAAGUAUGCUGAGGAGCGAUGGGAGGUGGUUCUGCACUUCAUGGUCGGUUCCCCUAGUGCUGCUGUCAGUCAGGACUUGGCCCAGCUUCUUAUCCAGGCUGGGCUUAUGAAGAGUGCUGAACCUGGAGAGCCCCCCUGCAUUACUUCUGCUGGCUUCCAGUUUCUGCUGCUGGAUACGCCCACCCAGCUCUGGUAUUUUAUGCUUCAGUAUCUGCAGACAGCCCAGAGCCGGGGAAUGGACCUUGUGGAGAUUCUCUCCUUCCUCUUCCAGCUUAGCUUCUCUACUCUCGGCAAGGAUUAUUCUGUAGAAGGUAUGAGUGAUUCUCUGUUGAACUUCCUGCAACAUCUGCGUGAGUUUGGACUUGUUUUCCAGAGGAAGAGGAAGUCUCGGCGUUACUACCCUACACGUCUGGCUAUCAAUCUCUCAUCAGGUGUCUCUGGUGCUGGAGGCACAGCACAUCAACCUGGUUUCAUUGUUGUGGAAACCAAUUACCGACUAUAUGCCUAUACCGAGUCGGAGCUGCAGAUCGCUCUCAUUGCCCUCUUCUCUGAGAUGCUCUAUCGCUUCCCCAACAUGGUGGUGGCACAGGUGACCCGGGAGAGUGUGCAGCAGGCCAUUGCCAGUGGCAUCACAGCCCAGCAGAUCAUCCAUUUCUUAAGGACGAGGGCCCACCCAGUGAUGCUCAAACAGACUCCUGUGCUGCCCCCAACCAUCACUGAUCAGAUUCGACUGUGGGAGCUGGAAAGAGAUAGGCUCCGGUUCACUGAAGGCGUCCUGUACAACCAGUUCCUGUCACAGGUGGACUUCGAGCUGUUGCUGGCCCACGCUCGGGAGCUGGGCGUGCUCGUGUUCGAGAACUCGGCCAAGCGGCUCAUGGUGGUCACGCCGGCCGGGCACAGCGACGUCAAGCGCUUCUGGAAGCGGCAGAAGCACAGCUCCUGA